AUGGUUCAUCACGGAAUCGAGAGUCAUACUAUCAUCCCUAUGAUCGCAAUAAGUAUUUAUCGGAACAACUCUCAACAUUUAUCUUCUCAUAGCAAUUACAACAAAACUUACAAUAAUUCUUACAAUACAAACAACUCUAAUAAUUCAGGAAGCAACUCAAGAGCUUACCAUUAUGGAAAAAAAGAUGGAGGCAACAACAAGAAGAAUGAAAUUAAACUUGUGGAGGAUCCAUCUUUAAAUGAGAAAUGGUUAAAACUAAAAGAAAUUGCCGAAAAUAAUCCUUCACAAAUUUAUGAAUUUAAUGGAAAAAUUGAUGUGGUGUAUGACAUUGGAGGUAUUCUCCUUGUUGGACAAGAUCGUUCAUUAACAUUAAGGAGACGUCAAAGCAGUGAAUCAUCAGAAACAAGCAUUACUCCAUACAAGUUUUUUUCGAAACUAAAAGAGAUAUUACAUAAGGAUUUAAAUGUAUAUGUGAUGUGCGAAGGUCAUUUCUACUCUUUUGAAUUGGAUAUGACCACAGUUACCCUAAAUCAGAAAUAUAUAUCAGAUGGUCUUUCAAAACUGAUUCGUAUGGAAUGGUAUUCUGAGAAUGAAAUUCUCAUCUGCGACAUUCAAGGAGGAGUGCACAUUUUCAACACCAUGUUGAAUCAGAUGGAUGGAAAAACCUUUGGAAACCUUGCUCUCGAUUAUGGAUUGAGAUCAUUCUCAAUUUGCAGAGAACAGAAUUGGAUAUUUGCUGCUGGAAGAAACACUGACCUUGAUAUGGGAUCUCUUUCUUCAAUGAAAAUGCAACUUGGAACGACAACCUCCACGUUUGAACGUGCCGGUAUGAAUGAGCAUGACGUGAAGUGUUGUACCUUUGUUGGCAAUUUUUGUGUUGCUGUGGGCUACAACACCAAACAAAUUGGUCUAUUCAAAGUGCUUCCCAAACAACACCAACAACAGUCGAAAGUCACUCUCGAACUUUACAAAUUUCAAAGCAUUAAUCCAACCACAGAAUAUUCUCAUGUGUUGGCAGAUCCACUCAAAAUCUUGAUCGUGUCUAACAAUGGUUCCAAUUCCAAAGUUAGCAUUCAUUACAAGGCAAAAAGUGAAGACACCAUUACUGUGUCACAAAAACGAUGUCCAAUCUUUGAGGAAUGCAAAACAGCCUCCUUUUGCUCUCCCUCCAACGAGCGGAUUACUUCCUUCUACUACCGAGAUGAUCUUGUGAUGUAUGGCACACAUUUUGGAAAAGUCUACCUCUUGGAUUUGCGUUCAUCGUCAUCAUAG